CCCAUGACGUCGCAGGCUUUUUCGCGAUCCCGACAGCAACAAUGUCAUCAUACUGCUCGCAUGACUAUAUACCCCUCCCAGCGAUGGGUCGCGAUCGCAUGUGUGAAGGGUUUUCUGCUUUCAAUAUCUAUCGUCGACCUUGACGAAUAGCGUGGACUUGCUGGGUAUCAGUGCCACUGAGGCUUUCGAACCGUAUCCUCACGUCAACAGCUAGAUACAGUAAAACAUUCGAGACCACGACAUCAUCAUGGCUUCUCGAUCGCCGACUCUGCGUGCCUCUGCGGAGCCCUAUAGCACUGAUGUAGAGAAGGAUGCGCGGCCCCUUGACAGCGCUCGCUACGAAGACUCUCAACGUCCCUACAUGUCCGGAGAUGGCGAGAAGCGGCGUCGCUCUUCACUGGGCUCAGCAUUCCGAGGCCAAAGCGUGGAUAUGGAGUCAGAUCCCUUCGGAGAUGAAGAUGACGGCGAUGGUGUCAAGUAUCGCACAUUGAAGUGGUGGCAAUGCAGUAUGAUUAUGAUCGCAGAGACCAUCUCUUUGGGCAUUCUUUCGCUGCCUUCCGUGCUGGCUACCAUCGGGAUGGCCCCAGGAGCAAUUUUGAUUCUCAGCCUGGGUAUCGUUGCGACUUAUUCUGGUUAUGUCAUAGGCCAAUUCAAGAUGGCUCAUCCAUGGGUUCACAAUAUGGCCGAUGCAGGGUAUGUCCUUUUCAAGCCACUUGGCCCACGAUGGGCAGCCGUGAUGCGCGAAGUCUUUGGUGCUGCUCAGACCAUCUUCCUCAUCUUCAGCAUGGCAAGUCACAUCUUGACAUGGACCAUCUGCCUCAAUACUCUGACCGACGGAGCCGCCUGCACGAUAGCCUGGGGCAUCAUCGGGCUGGUUAUUUUCUGGAUUUGCGACAUUCCUCGGACUCUGUUGAAGGUCUCUUGGCUUUCGUGUGCGAGCUUCCUCUCCAUCAUCACGGCAGUGAUUGUGUGCAUGGCUGGAGUGGGUUCCAGAAACCCUGCCCAUGGCAAUUAUCAUGCGACGCAAACAGCAACAUUCGCUACGGCUUUUCUCAGCGUCACAAACAUUGUGUUCGCGUAUGCUGGACAUGUCGCUUUCUUCAGCUUCAUCUCGGAGAUGCGCAACCCCAAAGACUUCCCGAAGGCAUUGGUGCUGUUACAGGUCACCGACACGGCCAUGUACUUCCUUGUCGCGAUGGUGAUAUACGCAUACGGGGGAGACGACGUCGACUCACCGGCCCUGGGCACCGCUGGCAAGGUUGUCGGGAAAAUCGCAUGGGGUUUGGCUAUCCCUACCAUCAUCGUAGCUGGUGUGAUCUAUGGUCAUGUCGCUUCGAAGUACAUAUAUGUCCGACUGUUCCGAGGGACCAAGCACAUGUCUAAACGGACACUGUUGGCUGUAGGCAGCUGGCUCGCCAUCACUUUGACCAUUUGGGUGAUUGCUUGGGUCAUUGCAGAGUCCAUUCCAAACUUCAAUGACCUGCUCGCAUUGAUCUCGAGUUUGUUUGCAGCCUGGUUUACCUACGGUAUCUCUGGCAUCUUCUGGCUCUUCUUGAACUGGGGGCAAUACACCAAGAACUGGAAGAAGAUCUCUCUCACUGGAGUCAAUUUGGCUUUGUUUGGCAUGGGCGCCGGUAUCUGUGGAAUGGGAUUGUAUGCCAGUGGUUAUGCUAUUCACAACGAGCCAGGUGGAAGCAGCUGGACUUGUGCGAGCAACGCACAGUAAGGCGACAUGCCUUUGAGCAUCGCGUUGAUAGGAUCAAUGCUGGUUACAUUCUCUUUUGCAGCU